GCGGGGACAGCUUUAUACAAAACGAGCUGCCUCUGGCCCCUCCCAUGCAGAGUGAGUGGAGAACUGGACCAGCAGGAAGGAGUAUGGAGUUAAAGACUGUGGCGUGAACUGAGGAACCCUGGACAGGCCACUUGCUGCAGGGGACCCAGUCCAGAUCCCAGGAAAGCCCCGCUGCCCCUUCGGACCCCGUCUCCCAUCUACAAAACGUGGAGACUGGCCCAGUUGACGUGUCUCUACAAAAAGGUGCAUAUACCACUGCCCCACCGCAGGCUGAUCUGGGGAAGCCUCUGGCCCAGGACAGAUACCGCCAUGGCCUUCCUGAUGCACCUGCUGGUCUGCGUCUUCGGAAUGGGCUCCUGGGUGACCAUCAAUGGGCUCUGGGUAGAGCUGCCCUUGCUGGUGAUGGAGCUGCCUGAGAGCUGGUACCUGCCCUCCUACCUCACGGUGGUUAUCCAGCUGGCCAACAUCGGGCCCCUCCUGGUCACCCUGCUCCAUCGCUUCCGGCCCAGCUGUCUUUCUGAAGUGCCCAUCAUCUUCACCCUGCUGGGCGUGGGAACUGUCACCUGCAUCAUUUUUGCCUUCCUCUGGAAUACGACCUCCUGGGUGCUGGAUGGCCAACACAGCAUCGCCUUCUUGGUCCUCACCUUCUUCCUGGCCCUGGUAGACUGCACCUCUUCGGUGACGUUCCUGCCCUUCAUGAGCCGGCUGCCCACCUACUACCUCACCACCUUCUUUGUGGGUGAAGGACUCAGCGGCCUCUUGCCUGCCCUGGUGGCUCUUGCCCAGGGCUCGGGUCUUACUACCUGCGUCAAUGUCACUGAGCUAUCAGACAGCAUACCAAGCCCAGUACCCACGCAGGAAACUGACAUCGCACAGGGAGUUCCCAGAGCUUUGGUGUCCGCCCUCCCCAAAAUGGAAGCGCCCCUGUCCCACCUGGAGAGCCGCUACCUCCCCGCCCACUUCUCACCCCUGGUCUUCUUCCUCCUGCUAUCCGUCAUGAUGGCCUGCUGCCUCGUGGCGUUCUUUGUCCUCCAGCGUCAACCCAAGUGCUGGGAGGCUUCCGUGGAAGACCUCCUCAAUGACCAGGUCACCCUCCACUCCAUCCGGCCACGGGAAGAGAACGACUUGGGCCCUGCAGGCACGGUGGACAGCAGCCAGGGCCAGGGUCAUCUAGAGGAGAAAGCAGCCCCCUGCUGCCCAGCCCACCUGGCCUUCAUCUAUACCCUGGUGGCCUUCGUCAAUGCGCUCACCAACGGCGUGCUGCCCUCUGUGCAGACCUACUCCUGCCUGUCCUACGGGCCAGUUGCCUACCACCUGGCUGCCACCCUCAGCAUUGUGGCCAACCCUCUUGCCUCGUUGCUCUCCAUGUUCCUGCCUAACAGGUCUCUGCUGUUCCUGGGGGUCCUCUCCGUGCUUGGGACCUGCUUUGGGGGCUACAACAUGGCCAUGGCGGUGAUGAGCCCCUGCCCCCUCUUGCAGGGCCACUGGGGUGGGGAAGUCCUCAUCGUGGCCUCGUGGGUGCUUUUCAGCGGCUGCCUCAGCUACGUCAAGGUGAUGCUAGGCGUGAUCCUGCGCGACCUCAGCCGCAGCGCCCUCUUGUGGUGCGGAGCGGCGGUGCAGCUGGGCUCGCUGCUCGGAGCGCUGCUCAUGUUCCCUCUGGUCAACGUGCUGCGGCUCUUUUCGUCCGCUGACUUCUGUAAUCUGCACUGUCCCGCCUAGGCAUGCCACCAACCCCGCCCCCAUCGCUAACGGACGGAACUGGGAUCCAGAGAGGCAAGGUCACAGAGCAAGUGGCAGGAACAGAGAUGCAGAGCCUGAGUAAUUGAAUCAUGAACACAAGUGCCCACUACGGACUGUGGGGAAGAUGCGACCUGGAAAUGCAAGGUGCAGCUCUAUCCCCAACUCUGUGUCACAGUACCUGUGACUACAAGUUCGGAUCUCCUUUGCCUUGACUCUCAAGAGAGGACUGAUUUGCAGCAUCUAGCUGGAGGCAGGCCCAAGGGUGUUAGAAGGGAAACAGCUGGGAGGGUGAGCUGUCCCUUCAGGCUGUGUGACCUUGGGAAAGUCACUUGGCUUCUCUGUGCCUGUUUCUUCAUGCAUGCAAUGGGGAUUACAGUAAGUACCAACUACCUCACGGGCAUGGCACAGAGACAAAAGGAAGAAGACAAAAGGAGGGCAUAAAGCAAGCCCUCCUGGGCCACCUGCUGACCUGAGAGUCCAUCAUAGUAACAAGAGUGGCGGUCAGCACAACCUAGAAGUAGCCAGAGGGUUGAGACAGGCCCCUGCCCUCUCUCCUUUGCCCCUUAGUCUCACAGAGGGGCUUCUACAAGACAAGCAGCUAGCGAUAGAAUCUUGGGUAUCUUGGCUUUCGGAUUCCCAGUGUGGAGAGACAGAGUACCCCACACACCCCUUCCUGUCAUCCUUCCUGGCCCAUAAAGCCCACUUGUUGGAGAGUAAGUACCUUCCUGGAAGCAGGAGGGGUGAUUUGCCGGUGGGGCUGGGGAGGGCCCAUCCCUGAGCCUCUGAAAGUGAAAUCCCCAACCAGGCUGGGGACCAGACACGCAGACCCCCUGGAAGUAUUCUCUCAAAUGGAGGUGGCAGAGGUGAUUGUUAUUUUGUUUUAGCUUUAGUUUUUCAUUUUUUUAAAUAAAGACAUUCCCUGCUUUUA